AUGUUGAUAUGUGAUGAUAUUCCUAAAAGCAAUGUGAUAAUUUCACCUGAUAUAGGCUUAUCGAUAUCAGAACACACUAGAUCUUUAACUACCACUGCAGCUCUUCUAGCUAUUCAAAGGAUAAAAGACACAUCCCUAUCUAUCACAAGAACAGCCAGAUUCGAUCCUUCGUCCAGCAAACCGACACCUGUCACCGUCAACAACAACAACAUUUACGAGGAGGAAAAAGCGCCGGAAGUGACGAUACGACGGAGGAAGAUACACAGAUGCGACGUUGCCGGCUGUCACAAAGUGUACACGAAAAGUUCGCAUCUGAAGGCCCACAAAAGGACGCAUACAGGUGAAAAGCCGUACCAGUGCUCAUGGGAGGGUUGCACGUGGAAAUUCGCUAGAUCGGACGAACUCACCAGGCACUACAGAAAACACACCGGUCAAAAACCGUUUAGCUGUCACUUGUGUCAGAGAUCUUUCAGCAGAUCCGAUCACCUGUCGCUGCACAUGAAAAGGCACAUUUAA